CACCCCCUCUGUUCUUUUUUCUUUUUCAUUUCCCCACACACCCAUUUCUUCUUCUCCUCCAGCUCUCCAGAGUCAAGCCCCUAGAAAGGUGAACACACUAAGGAAUUCCAUACCAGGAAGAUUCAUCAACAUAAUUAUAUAAGGGCUAAAAGGUUCGUUUUUUUGCCUGCAUCGUGAAUCUGUCCGUACAAGGAGGAAAUGGGAUUCCUCUCCAGAUUCACCACUCUGCUUCUCCUCCUCUCCCUGCUCUCUGCUGCCACCAUCUUCACUUCUACAGUUGCAGAUGUUUCUCAAACCCUUGAAUGGCAAAGUGGGCGGUAAAGACUAAAUCCUCAGACCUCAAUGAUGUUUGAAAUGAAGCUUAUGACCCACUUGACCCAACUGGAAAUAUCACAGUGAAAUGGGAUAUCAUGAGCUGGACCCCUGAUGGUUACAUGCAGGCGAUUGUAACACUGUACAACUUCCAACAAUACCGUCACAUUCAAGCACCAGGAUGGUCUUUGGGAUGGACAUGGAGGAAGAGAGAGGUGAUAUGGGAUGUGGUGGGAGGGCAGACAACCGAGCAAGGGGAUUGCUCCAAAUUCAAAGGAAACAUCCCACAUUGCUGCAAGAAGAAACCCACUGUCGUCGAUUUGUUGCCUGGAACUCCAUACAAUAAGCAGGUCGCAAAUUGCUGCAAGGGUGGAGUGCUCAGCUCGUGGGCACAAGAUCCAUCUGCUGCUGCUGCUUCGUUUCAGCUUAGCGUAGGACAGGCGGGCACUACCAAUAAGACAGUCAGGCUUCCUGUGAAUUUCACUCUGCAGGCACCUGGUCCUGGCUACACAUGUGGACCGGCUAAAGUUGUCAAACCGAGUCGAUUCACAACUGCAGAUAAACGACGAGUCACUCAAGCUUUGAUGACAUGGAACGUUACCUGCACGUAUUCUCAAUUUCUAGCUCAGAAGACUCCAACUUGCUGCGUCUCAUUAUCAUCAUUCUACAACAACACUAUAGUGCCUUGCCCAACAUGCUCAUGUGGCUGCAAAAGCAACAAUACUCUGUCUGGAAGCUGUGUUGAUCCGGAGAAACCACAUUUAGCUUCAGUAGUUCCGAAUCCAGGGAAGAACGGCUUGGCAGUGCCUCCUGCUGUCCAGUGUACACAUCACAUGUGUCCCAUACGAGUUCAUUGGCAUGUUAAGCUGAACUACAAGCAGUAUUGGCGGGUGAAGAUCACCAUCACCAACUUCAACUACGCAAUGAACUAUUCUCAGUGGAACUUAGUGGCUCAGCAUCCGAACUUCGACAACCUGACCCAAAUCUUCAGCUUCAACGCCAAGUCGUUGAAUCCAUAUGCAUCUAUCAAUGACACCAUGAUCAUGUGGGGAGUGAAGUUCUACAACGAUCUGCUGAUGCAAGCCGGCCCAACCGGUAACGUGCAGUCGGAGUUACUGUUCCAGAAAGAAACCGAGAGCUUCACGUUCGAAAAGGGUUGGGCUUUCCCGAGAAGGAUCUACUUCAACGGCGACAACUGUGUUAUGCCUCCUCCUGAUGCCUACCCUUGGUUGCCGAAUGCCAGCUCCCGCCAUAUCAUGUCCCCAUUGCUGCUGGUCACAACCGUCGUUUUAUCUGCUCUGGCUUUCCUGCUUCAGUAGGCAAGCCAUGCCUGCCACAAAUUUUUGACACACGGUAACACUUACCUGGAAUCGGCAGCCUGGAGGUGCAAUUUGGCUGGAGGAUUAUGUCUCUGUUUAGGUGAAGUGAGAUCUGGUGAAUUCCCCAUGGUGUUGUAGUUUGUAAGUUGGUUUGUUUGUGUUGUGAUGAUGAUUGAUGUAUAACACCAUUUGUAGCUAUUGAAAACAGAAAAGGUGUAAUGAUAUGAAAGAUUGAUCCUUGUACAAAGAGCCGAGUAACUGGCUGUAGAUACCUUAGAGCUAUUGAACAAUUUCCCUCC